AAAGCACUAAUUUAACUAGUUUUUAUUGUUAUAGUUUUUCAAUCAAUUGGAAAAAGUAAUUUACAUAUCGAUAACGGAUGAUUUUAUUCAUUUAAAACGUAACAACCCUAAAUUUAUUGACUAAUUUGUUAAUAAAACAAUAAAGUUAAAUUAAUGCUACACAUGAACAACAUCACAUGCAAAUUAAUUUCGAAGGCAUUUAUGUAUUUAAAGACUUCCCGAUUUCUAUCAUAUAUGUUUAACAUUUGAAUUCACUAGUCAAUCUAAGGUUAAUCACAUUAAGACGAGACGACCGUCCAAUAUUUCCAGCUUUUCAAUGGUGAUCCAGCUUAGAUUGACUUGUAUACUAAUGAGAUUCUUUUCAGUUCAAAAUCAUGGACGUACAAUGAAAUCACUUUUUAUUCAGUCAAUUUUUCCAUUCUUUGAACUAUACAAUGAAAUACCAUUAAAACCUAUUGAAUCUAAGCAUAAAUCUGAUCCACUACAUGUUUUAACUUCAUUUAAAGAAUUUUGGAGUGUUAUUUUCGCAAAUCCUUUAUCAAUAUGGCCACAAAUUCGUCUUUGGUGGUAUAAUCGUUUCCCUUCAACUACAUCAUCACCUGAUUUACAGCCAAAAUUUAAGUUCAAUAUUGAUGCUGUUAAAAUUAUUCAAAUCAUCAUAUCUUUAGUUGGAAUUGGCAUUAGUAUACGAUUAAUGUUUUAUUUAAUUGAACAAAUGAAUCCAACUAUGAAAGAAAAACGUAAAUGUCGUAAACGUGCGCAAGCAAUUUUCAAAGCUAUUGGGUUGAAAAAUAUACCGAAAUUAAAUGAUUAUGAAGUAUGCGUUGCUGUAAAUUUAGUCGAUCCACAAGUUCUAAAUACAACUUGGAAUUCUAUCGGAGGUUUGGAUUCUAUUAUCCAUGAAAUUAAAUAUGGUGUACUUGAACCGUUACGAGCAAAACGAUUAUUAUCAAUAAAUUCAAGAUUAUUACAACCGCCUAAAGGUGUAUUACUUUAUGGACCUCCUGGUUGUGGUAAAACACUACUUGCUCGUGCUAUGGCACAUGCUGCACAUGCUAAUUUUUUGAAUCUUCAAAUAAGCACUCUUGUAAAUAUGUGGUAUGGUGAAACACAAAAAUAUGUAGAAGCCACAUUUAGUCUUGCUGAGAAAAUUCAACCAACUAUUAUUUUUAUAGAUGAACUAGAUUCUUUUUUAACUGCACGUUCUCAUUUGGAUAACGAAGCUACACGUAUGAUGAAAACUCAAUUUAUGGCCUUAUGGGAUGGGUUAAUAACAAAUAAUAAUAAUACUCAAAUAGUAAUUGUAGGCGCAACAAAUAGACCUGGAGAUUUAGAUCAAGCUAUAUUACGUCGUUUAUCUUUUAAGAUAAAUGUUCCUCUUCCUAACGCAAAUCAAAGAAAACACAUCUUAAAAGUACUUCUUAAGGAUGACCCAGUUGCUAAAGCUCUCAAUGAAAGCGAUUUCACGCAGAUCGCUAGUAAAACUGAAGGACUUUCUGGAAGUGAUCUCUCUGAACUAUGUCGUAAAGCAGCAUUUGCAUGUCUAUGGUCUUUUCUUGAAGGUGGUGAUACGCAAGCCAGUUUACUGUUAACUGUAGACCACUUUACACAAGCUUUACAUAAAUAUAUGAACGAUAAACUUAACCUUGCACCUUUGGGUAAUACGAACUUCUUUCCUUUGGGCUGA